CUGUAGAAAUAAAAAUAUUGAAAAUUUUCUAAAGAUGGAAUGGCCUAAUCUAGCUGAGAUGAAACGUAACCUCAAUCACUUCUGGGAGGUGCUUUAUAAAGAGUAUACAGAACCUCAUAUGUCCAAAUACCACAAGGAACAAGUCUUUGGGAAGAUUAAAAAGAAAGUAUUCGAAGGGCGGUCAAGACAGAUCAAGAGGGCCAAGGAAGAAGGGAAGACCUUCAAAGGCGGGGUUAAAGACCCAGCAGUCGGCAUGGGCUCCUGGACUGACCUGAACGCCUAUAAUUUGGACAAUAAUGACCUGGAUUAUGUGGUCUAUAAGAAAUAUUUAAUGAAGUUGGCGGAACUUGAGAAGAAAAUUUUAGUGGAGGUUGAGAGUGGGAAGAGGAAGGAGUUUAAGAGAGCGAAGAGUAAGAAGAGGUUUUCGGUUUCGACAGCGAAGGUGUGUCGGAGGUUGAGUGGAGUUAAGAAGAGAAAGAAGGGGUUAAAUUUUAAGAAGAACAAAUUAUGGAGGCUCAAAACCCAGAACAAAGUCAUUCUUACUUCAAGAGACAGGGACAUAACCAGGAAGGAUUAUGAAAGUAGAGAUGAGCAUCAGAAGAAGCAGGUCAAACAUUUAGACCUCGGCCUUGGAAUCACAAGGGACCAGUAUUUCGACUACCUCCUUGCUAAUGACCCUACUUUUCUUGGCUUUAAGAAGACUCAGGACGGCAUUGAUGAGGUUAUUCAUGAUAUGGCCACUCAGAAAUCUAAUGAAUCUGGGCGGAGUCAGUUAAAAGUUAAUAAUUUCUUAACAAAAACUAAUAAAACUGACCAGGAAUAUGAACAAGAAGCUAUUUUAGUUCAAAAUAAUAACACUAAGAGUAAUAAUAUCAAGUUGAAGGAGGAUACAGAAAUUCCUGUAGACCGGACAGUCUCUAUUUUUGCCGAGCCUACUGACGAAACCCAAAGGAUUUCCUUUGGACCUGAAAAUUCACAAAUAGAUCUUGAUAUCAGGAACAAUAAAACUUUAAUUAAAUGAAAUGGACUACGAAAUCUUAAGCGUAAAUUUCGAAAGAGGAAUGUUAUCAGUGCUUUGACUAGGAAGACAGACUCUAUGAGUCGUACUAGACCAUCGACUGGGAGAGAAACUCUCUCGAAGAGAACCGCUAAGGCUUGUCCAAAGGAGAAUAACUUCAAAUCUGUUAGUGUGAUUACUGAAAAAGUUCGGUUGAAAUCCGGCAAGAGAAGACCUAAAACUGGGAAGCAACUCAGAAGUACUAACAUGUUGACGACCUGGACUGCAUUAGUAAAACCUCCGAAGAAAAGAUCAAAUGUUAAAGACCUGAAGACUUUGAAUCUCUGUAUGAAAGAAUGAGAUUAUAAUAUGAACAUUACUAAAUCAGAGAAGAAGUUAAUCAAUCAAGCUCAUAAUAGUCUUAAAGAAGACCUUGAAAACCAGAGAGAGGCUAUUGAGGAGUCCAAAGAAGUUCUUAAGCUGAGCAAGAAAUAUAUCGAUUCGUGUGUGAGGCAAUUUAGAAGGGACAAAAGAGCAUUUGUUUAUGGCAAAAACCCUAAGACAGCCCAUUACAUUCAGGAUAGAGGUAGAGGUGUUUACACUACUAUGGAAAGGAUCUCUAAACUUAAUCCUAAGUAUAUAAAUAUGGUAAAAGAGAUGAAGAAAAGAAUUGAUGAGGAAGACAAUAACCUCUUGCUCUUUUAA